GUGCGGCUCGGUCGGCGGAGCGGCGGAGGGGUGGAGGGGAAAGGGCCGAGCUGCUCGGGCCGGCGGGGAGGCAGGGCGAAAGCUGCCGGGGGGACAUGCAGGCUCGCUACUCCGUGUCCAGCCCCAACUCCCUGGGAGUGGUGCCGUACCUCGGCGGCGAGCAGAGCUACUACCGAGCCGCCGCCGCCGCGGCCGGCGGGGGCUACGCGGCCAUGCCGGCCCCGAUGAGCAUGUACUCGCACCCGGCCCACGAGCAGUACCCGGGCGGCAUGGCCCGAGCCUACGGGCCCUACACGCCGCCGCCGCAGCCCAAGGAUAUGGUGAAGCCGCCCUACAGCUACAUCGCCCUCAUCACCAUGGCCAUCCAGAACGCGCCCGAUAAGAAGAUCACCUUGAACGGGAUCUACCAGUUCAUCAUGGAGCGGUUCCCUUUCUACCGGGACAACAAGCAGGGCUGGCAGAACAGCAUCCGCCACAACCUCUCCCUCAACGAGUGCUUCGUCAAGGUGCCCCGCGACGACAAGAAGCCCGGCAAGGGCUCCUACUGGACCCUCGACCCCGACUCCUACAACAUGUUCGAGAACGGCAGCUUCCUCCGCCGCCGCCGCCGCUUCAAGAAGAAGGACGCCGUCAAGGACAAGGAGGACAAGGACCGCCUGCACCUCAAGGACCAUGCCCCGCCGCCGCCGCGCCCGCCGCCGCCCGCCGCAGCCUCCGCCGCCGCCGUCGAGCCCGAGGGCGGCCCCGCCGGGGGGGGCAGCGCCCCGCCGCCGCCGCCCCCCGUCCGCAUCCAGGACAUCAAGACGGAGAACGGCACGGCCUCGCCGCCGCACGCCGGCUCCCCCCCCGGCGCCGCUCCGCCGCUGGGCGCCGUGCCCAAAAUCGAGAGCCCCGACAGCAGCAGCAGCCUGUCGAGCGGCGGCAGCCCCCGCAGCGCCCUCCCCUCCGCCCGCUCGCUCAGCCUCGAAGCCCCCGAGCCUCCGCCGCCGCCGCCGCCGCCCCCCCCGCCGCCGCCUCCCCACCACCACCACCACCACCACGGGCCGGGCUUCAGCGUGGACAACAUCAUGACCUCGCUGCGCGGCUCCCCGCAGGGGGCGGCCGAGCUGGGCUCCGGCCUGCUGCCCCCCGCCGCCGCCGCCGCCGCCCCCCGCAGCGGCAUCCCCCCGGCCCUGUCCCUCGGCGGCUACUCGCCGGGCCACAGCUCCGUCUACAGCUCGCCCUGCGGCCAGCCCGCCGCCUCGGCGGCCACCUACCACUGCAACAUGCAAGCCAUGAGCCUGUACGCGGCGGCGGGCGGCGCGGAGCGGACCCCCGGCCACCUGCCCCCCCCCGCCGCCGCCGCCGCCAGCCCCGCCGAGGAGCCGCUGCCCGACUACGCGCUGCCGUCGGGGGGCGGCGGAGCGGGGGGCGGCGGCGGCGGCGGCGGCGGGGGAGGAGGAGGGGGCGGCGGGGGGGCGCUGGGGCACGGCGGGCUGGGCGGCGCGGCGGGCGGCCACCAGGAGGGGCAGCACCCGCACCCGCACCCGCACCAGGGCCGCCUGGCCUCCUGGUACCUCAACCAGGCGGCGGCGGCGGCGGCGGCGGCGGCGGCGGUGGCGGCGGCGGGGGAGCUGGGCCCGCUGGCGGGCGCGCCGGGCUACGGGGGGGCGCAGCAAGGCUUCGCCGCCGCCCCCAGGGAGGUCUUCGAGGCGCCGCGCCUCGGCCUCAGCGCCUCGCCCGGAGGAGGAGGCAGCGGCGGAGGCCCGGGCGGCGGCGGCGGCGGCGGCGGCGGAGGAGGCGGCGGGGCGGGGGGAGGCAGCUGUCAGAUGGCCUUCCCCGGCAGCCAGCCCCUCUACCGCACCUCCGGGGCCUUCGUCUACGACUGCGGCAAGUUCUGAGCGCCCCCCCGACGCCCCCCCCGCCACCCCCCCCCGACGCCGCUCCGGGGUCCCCGCGGCCGCCCCGAGGGAGAGGAGAGCGCGGGCGAAAAGCCUUUGUACAGAGACAGCUCCAAAGCAUGUCUUGGUUUUGUUAAAGGACAGUGUUACUCCGAUAACACACGUGAUUCCGUGCUCGUUGCGAAGGGCAGUGCUUUCGGCAGAACUGAAAAUCCCGCAGGAAGGUGUGUGCUCGUGGGGGCAGAACCGAAAAGCAGCUCGACCCUUUGCCAAAUUUUAAAAAAGCAGCGGGACACUGCGCUUUUUGUCCCCGUCGGGAUCAGGAGCGGUAUUUUUUUUUUUAACGAAAGAGGCACAAAGGCAGCCGACACAAGGUCGCCACGGAGGGACCACUUGGUCUAGAACCGAUUUUGCUUCCCCAGCCCCGUCCUCUUUCGUCCCCCAACACGGAGGCCGAAAAGGGAGAACAAAAAUGCUUCCCUUGAACGCGCCACGGCUGGAGGUGCCAGGGAAAAAAAAAAAAAAAAGAAGCAAAAAAAACCCCAACCCACUGAAGUCGAAGGGAAGCCGGCGGCUUGCGGAAAGGUUCCCAGUCCUCCGCAGAGAUGCGCGAACUGGUGCUCAGUGGUAGCGGCAAGCGGCCCGGGAAAUCACUGCAAGCACUAAAUACUUCCCAGCCGUACAAAAAUAACAACAACAACAACAAAAAAUGGUGAGAAAAGCGCUUUAUUCUUUUUUUUCUUUUUUUCUUUUAAAUACGUGUGCCACGGGAAGGGGGAUAUUAAAAAAAAACCCAAGCCGCGGAGUUGCACCCUACCGCAGGGAGAAGCACCCCGGGAGGUUUUGCACAGCACAGCCCCAGGGCGCAAAUUCGGUGCACCUGUAGGAAGCAGACGGACGGGGCUCUGCGUUUCCCUUUUUCCCGCUUUCUUGCCCCAAACCCUGUCGGGCCAGCCCCGAGGGAUGGAAAGAAGAGGCUGCUGCGGCUGCCCGGCCCCGCACCGCACCGCACCGCCGUGCCCGUCUCCGGCCAGCUCGCACAUUUUCCACCGCACCUCUGGCGACGGCGCACACAGAGCCCUCUCUCCGCGGCAGCCCGCUUCCUCGCAGCCUGCUCCCCAGCCCCGUCCCGUCCCCAGCUCCGCGUCCAUCACGAAACUCUGCCCUCGCCCCCCUUGUUGGAGAAGGGCCCCCCCCCCUUCCCAAAGCGACGCGCUCGGCGAGCCUGCAUCUCUCCCCUCUCGCCCCCUCUAAAAAAGGGCUCGCUCUCUGCUCAGCUGUGCCCGGCGAGGCAGCGGCUUCCGCUCAUUUUCGAGGCAUAAAGCUAAAACGAUGGGAGUAAUUGGUGGGUGGAAGAUCCGAAACCAACGGGAAAUGUAUGGGCUCGACGACCUCUGGAUAACCCGGGUACCUUGGCACGAAAAGCGCAAAAAUAUUUACUCAACUUGAAGUUUCUAAUAUUUUUUUAAAGCUUUUUUAUUUAUUUUGUUUUUAUUUCUUAAGCCAUCUUUUGAGAUCAUUCAAGCUCCCGUCCGAGGUUUAAUUAUAGUAAGCGGGAAGAGGAUGAUGGGGAAUGGGGAAAUUCUGGGGGGAAAAAAAGGAAAAAAAAAAAAAAAAAGAAAAACCCAGACCCCAGGGUCAGGAAGGUGCUGGACAAAAAGGCUUUCUGUGACUCACUCACACUCUGAAAUGAAGAUCUGAAAAAUGCUUACAAGCCCCCUCUGACUGGUUUGAAAGCGAUUCCAGCAAUUAGGAAUUAAUUCGGCAUGGUCAAAAGGCGAUUUCACUGCAAGUUAGAUCAAGUUAUCCAAACUUUUUACAGAGUUCAAGUGGUGGAAAUGGGCCGCUGGGGUGGAGGUGAGCUGCAGGAAAGAAAAACAAGGAGUGUUCAGCAAAGGAAGACUAGGGGAAGCCAGGGCCAGAGGGAUGGUGGGCACGCGCUAGCGCCAGAGGGUCGCUGCUGUUGUUGCUGGGGGGCAGUGCAGGGGAUGCUUUUGUUUAUUUCUGUCAUUCAGAAUGGGAGAAAGUACUAAAAAGGUGCUGGAGGUCCUAGGUAAUAAAAAGACAAGUUUUAAUUAAAAAAGGAAAUCGGUGGGCUUGCCAGCCGGUGGCUCCUCCAGGUACAGUACUGGGGGGAUCCCCUCUGGUUAACAGCGGGAGCCAGAGGCAGCCCGUGCAGAGGAGCAGGGCUGCCCUGGGAUGAUUCGUGGGGCCAGGGGCACCAGGAGGGUGGAGGGGGGACAAAACUGGGCUUUUAUGCACAGGCAGGCCAGCAAUAAGGCCACACUGAGGGGGUGGCCACCCACCCCAGCUCCAGCGGAGUGUGUGGGUGGCUGUGCUGGCCGUGGGGUGUGCCCCCAGCACGGGUCCCGGCGGAGCUCAGGCGUUGGGGUUGUUCCUCAUGAGCUCCACGUCGGCGUCCACCAUCUCCCUCACGAGCUCCUGCGAGGAGGGAGAGAAGUGGGUGAGGGUCCCUGCCGCAGGACGAGGGGGGGAUAAGGAGCACGUUUGUUCGCACGCUUGCCCUGCUGUGCCGCGGGAGUGCGGGGUCUCCCAAAACUCGCUGGGUCAAGUCGCGGCCUGCGCUGCCAUGCUGGCACCCGAGCGCGAGGCACGCGCUCCUUCCCAAAAUGCUGACGCCCGCUGCGCCCUUUCCAGGGCAGGUUAGCAGAGUCACGGGGGACGCCCUGCGCUGCCGUGGUGGCUGCUGUCUUCCAAGCAAGAACAACAGCCCGGGGUGGCCACCGACAGCGCGGCUUCUCAGUGUGCCCAGGCAAAGUUCCCCCCCCUCGUGGAUUGCUCUUGGAGGACAUGAACCCCUG